CGAAAGGCCAAUAGGAUGGAAGUGGACGAGCAGAGGGUGCCGGAGGAUGAGCAGGACAAAGACUUCCCGCAGCUCCUGCCGCUCGUCACACCAGGUUACGAUCUUCCUCUCUGUGUGUGUUGGAUGAAUAGAUCUACGUUUGUGCAUGUGUGUACCGUAUGUGCAGGCGAGCGCAUCGGCCACGUGAGUGCGUACAGGGCCGGUGCGGGUGUGUAUGAGAGGCGGGGCCACCUGUACGCCAGCAAGGUCGGGGAGAAACUCAUCGAACAAGACGACAGCAACCAGGUGCAGGCAGACAGACCCAUCGAUAGGCGCUUAAACCAGUCUCUCGUGUGAUGCGUUUCUGUGUGUGGGGGAUGGUUGGUGCAUGCAGCUGCCUGUUGUGUCAGUGGAGACUGCAGGACUGUCGGGCAGCCCUUCGGUGCCAUUCACUGGGGCGACGGUACUCGCACAGGUGAGCAAAUACACCUGCACACACGACACACAAGGAGAGAGAGAGAGAGAGAGAGAGAGAGAGAGAUGGGUGUCUGCGUUCUUUCUCGUGUGUGUGUGUGUGUGUGUGUGUGUGCCACUCUGUGUGUUUAGGUGACUCGGAUAUCCCCUCGUCGUGUGGACUGCAUCAUCCUGUCUGUGGAGGGCCGGCCCAUCAGGGACACUUCCAACCCUUACAAAGGCAUCAUUAGGUCAGGCAGACAGACAGGCGGACAGGCAGGCAGGCAGGCAGGCAGACAAUGAGGGUACUCGGCCUCACACGUGUGUGUGGAUGUGCGUGUGUAGGUUGCAGGACGUCCGGCCAUUCGAGAUCGACCAGAUUGAUAUGCUCGAGUGCUUCAGGCCCACAGACAUCGUCAAAGCGAAAGUGGUACAAACACAUUCACCCAGAAGACUUUCAUGGCGUCCCCACGCACAGUACACCAUUGCAGGUGUCAUUGGGUGACAGCCGGUCCUUCCAUCUGUCGACUGCCGAGCAGGACCUCGGUGUCGUCUUCGCGAAGAGCACAUCAGGUGAUGACUGAGCCCAACCAUCAGGUCUGUGUGGGUAUGUCCGUGUGUGUGUCUGUGUGGGUUGUAGGUCAUCCACUGGUGGCUCUGAAAUGGAAUGAGAUGGAGUGCUCAAAGACAAAAGAGAGGGAGCCACGGUCAGUCACUCAGUCAGCCAGAAAGACGCGUAGGUAUGGAUGUGUGUGUGUCUGUCCGUGUGUGCAGGAAAGUGGCCAAGCCAUCCGACUGAGUGCGCCUUGCCGUGCAGUGUGUGUA